AUGAAUGCUUUAUCGCUAAAAAGUAUAAUUGUGGAAAGAGAAGAUGAACUGGUUAAAAAUUUACUAAACCAAUACCAAAAGAUUGAGAAACUGACUGGAACUGAACUACUUUGGAAGCCUUUCAGAUCACAGCAGAAGACAACUAUGACUUUUUCACCUAUUGUACUCAUGGUCUGGUUUCUUCAUCUGACUAGAUUGCAAGGUUGUAAGAAGUCACUAAUCUCCACAAGAAUUGUUGGAGGCCAACCAGCCUCUGAGGGAUCAUGGCCCUGGCAAGCGGGCUUUUCACUACUCAACGUAACUUUUUGUGGUGGCACUCUCAUAGACGAGAACUGGGUGCUGACGGCUGCUCAUUGCUUCAUUUGGAUCCCUGAAGCCAUUGACGGAGUUUUUGUGGGUCUAGGUGACCACCAACUCAUGAACCCUUCAAAUAACUCAGAGAAAUUUGCCAUCCGACAGAUUAUUCCUCAUCCUAACUACACAGGAAAUGACAAUAUGUUUGACAUUGCUUUGGUGGAGCUAAACAGCACUGUGAAGUUCACCAAAUAUAUCUUGCCUAUGUGUCUCCCAGAGUCCUCUGUAAAGUUCCCUGACAAUACCAGCUGCUGGAUCACUGGAUGGGGAAGUACAACAUCUAGGGGUGACCUGAACCCUCUCCAAACCCUUCAAGAAGUGGAAUUGUCUAUCAUCAAUACAGAUAUAUGCAACUCAGUCUACAACCUGCUCAAUAUUUCAAUAUUGCCCCAUUCCCCUGUCAUGCCCAGUAUGAUCUGUGCAGGUAGCUUAAAUGGGGGCAAAGAUUCCUGUCAGGGUGAUUCUGGAGGACCUAUGGUUUGCAAAUGUGAUGAAAGUGACAAUUGGCUCUUGGCUGGGAUUGUGAGCUGGGGGGCAGGUUGCGGCAUGGCCGGUGUGCCUGGUGUCUACACUUCAGUAGCACACUAUGCUGAUUGGAUCCAGCUGCACAUACCCCACAUAAAAUUUUCAGAGUGCACACAUGAAAGUAAUAGUGUCGGGCACAGUACCCCUGCUUUUAAUGUAGGGCACAAUAUUGUGCUUUUUCUGAUAUCUGUGAAAUUGAUCUUCUUCAGUUCACCUGGUGAUACAUAUGUGGCACUGCUGGGCGCCCAUCAGCUCCGCAAUCUCUCAACUGAUGUAGUAUUUGUGAUGGUGAAAAAAAUUAUCCUCCACCCAGACUUUAAUGGGAAAGCCGCCUCUCUUGGAGAUAUUGCUUUAAUUCAAUUGGAAACACCAGUGGAUUUCACUAACUCCAUUAUGCCCAUCUGUUUGCCGACAUCCUCUGAAAAUUUCUCUACAGAAACAGAUUGUUGGGUCACUGGAUGGGGAACAAUUAAAUAUGAAGUCCCCUUGCCAUUUCCACUAACCCUCCAGGAAGUGCAAGUGUCUCUCAUAAACCAAAACAUCUGCAGCCAGAUCUACAACAGCUUUCCAGUUUUGGGCAAGGAUGCUAUCAAGGAUGAUAUGAUUUGUGCAGGUUAUCCAAACAGUGGAAAAGAUUCCUGCCAGGGUGACUCUGGAGGCCCCUUGACUUGCCAACUUCAAGGAAGGUGGACUCAGGCUGGGAUUGUGAGCUGGGGAAUUGGAUGUGCCAGUACAACAUUCCCUGGUGUCUACACUUCAGUACCUUACUAUUCUGACUGGAUCAAAUAUGUAAUGGAGGAGAACAUGAGCAACAAAUCCAACUCCAGCAAUAUACCCACUCAAACUAUAUCCACACCAGGAGUGUCCUCUCAAACUAUAUCCACACCAGGAGUGUCCUCUCAAAAUAUAUCCACACCAGGAGUGUCCUCUCAAAAUAUAUCCACACCAGGAGUGUCCUCUCAAAAUGUUACCAAUCUAGUAAUAACCACUCAAACUGUAUCUGAUCCAGUAGUAUCCACUCAAAAUGGGUCCAACUUACUAGUACCCAUGCUAGUUGUGCUUUUAUUGUCCAUUGGACUGGCUGUUAUUUGA